CCGUGUCGUUAACGCGUCCACAAACACCGUUGUACCGGUUUUCCGUUGAUAUUUUGAAGCCGUGGCCCCUUUAAGGAGAGUAAAAUAGUAUUUCUGGACGUGUUCGUGGGUCUUCCGAACCUGCUCGGUGCCGUGAAGGGUUAACGAGGCGCAGCUAUAGACGUGGAGGAGGAGGAGGAGGAGGUUUAUACAGAGGAGACCAGCUCCGCUCUGGACCACAUCACCGCCGCCAGAGACCGAGGACGCAUCCAUGGCUCCAACGACGGCUCGGUUCGACUCCCAGCAGCGGGAUGAGCGCUGAGAGCAGGAGGAGACAUCACCUGAUAGUCCACCUCCCCCCCUCCUUCUCCUCCUCCUCCUCCAGAACCAGGAGGCUGGAGGCGCCGUCAGUCCUCUUCGUGCGUCCAGAAGCUUCGCACCGUCUCCGGGACAACUUUGGCUGAAACUUCCCGGGAUUACGAGCCGCCCGGAUCUGUUUGGACCAGGAGCCUGAGCCGUCAAGAUGCCGGUCCGGAGGGGCCAUGUGGCUCCUCAGAACACCUUCCUGGACACCAUCAUCCGAAAAUUCGACAGUCAAAGUCGAAAGUUUGUCAUUGCCAACGCGAGAGUGGAGAACUGCGCCAUCAUCUUCUGCAACGACGGCUUCUGCCACAUGUGCGGCUACUCUCGCGCAGAGAUCAUGCAGAAGCCGUGCACGUGCAACUUCCUGUACGGACCUAACACCAAACGGCUGGCCAUCGCCCAGAUGGCCCAGGCGCUGCUCGGGUCGGAGGAGAGGAAAGUGGAGAUCGACCUGUACCACAAAGACGGACAGUGCAUGCUGUGCAUGGUGGACGUGGUGCCGGUGAAAAACGAGGAUGGCCUUGUGAUUAUGUUCAUCCUCAACUUUGAGGUCAUGACUGAAGAGGAUCUUCUCCACCACAAACAGGAGCUGAACCACCGCCUGCCCACCUGGCUUGUAACAGGUCGUCCAAGAGGCUUCAAGUUGCGUCUUCCACUGCUGCGCUCCCUCUCCAACAGCAAGGUGUCUCUGGACGACGCGGAGGCCGGACACAUCCCCACUGCCACGCCUGUCCCACUGCACGCAGACCACUCGAGUCACGAGACGCUCGGCCUGGGCGAGUUCCUGCCGUCACCGCCGGAGCAGCAGGAGUCAGUCGGAGGAAGCAGGUCGGCACAAGGUUGGCCGGAAGACCACCUGGAGGACCGACGCACCUUACUGAGCUCAGUACCUCCAGAACUGCCGCACCCGCUUCCUCAACCCGGCACCCACCUGGUGGGCCCCCUGACCCAGUCGUCCCCCUGCGUAGCACCGCACCACCACCGCCUGAGCCUCAACCAGGACGCCUCCGGCUCCAACUGCUCUUUGUCACACAGCCGCUCGAGGGAGAGCUUUCACAGCAUGCGUCGCGCCUCCUCCGUGGACGAGAUUGAGGCCAUGAGGCCGGACUGGGACCGGAAGAACCGGAGAGCCAGCGUCCGACCGGGCAGCACUGGUGCGGUCAACAGCAAGUCCAACAUACUGAACUCCACAUCCGACUCGGACCUCAUGCGAUACCGCACCAUCUCGAAAAUCCCUCAGAUCACGCUCAACUUUGUGGAUUUCAAACCAGACCCGCUCAUAGCUCUGCCCACCGGAGAAAUGGACAUCAUAGCGCCGUGCAAGCUGAUCGACCGGACGCACAACGUCACAGAGAAAGUCACUCAGGUGCUGUCUCUGGGCGCAGAUGUGUUGCCAGAGUACAAGCUCCAGGCUCCUCGAAUCCACAAGUGGACGGUGUUGCACUACAGUCCGUUCAAGGCGGUGUGGGAUUGGCUGAUCCUGCUGCUGGUCAUCUACACUGCGAUUCUGACGCCGUACUCGGCCGCCUUCCUCCUCAAUGACCAGGAGGAGGCUGCGAUGCAGAGCUGCGGCUACUCCUGCUCCCCUCUCAACGUGGUGGACCUCAUCGUGGACAUAAUGUUCAUCAUUGACAUCCUCAUCAAUUUCAGAACAACCUAUGUGAACACCAACGACGAGGUGGUCAGCCAUCCUGUCCGCAUCGCUGUCCACUACUUCAAAGGCUGGUUUCUCAUCGAUAUGGUGGCGGCCAUUCCGUUUGACCUGCUCAUCUAUCGCAGUGGAGAGGAGACAACAACGUUGAUCGGGUUGCUGAAAACUGCACGUCUUCUUCGCCUUGUGCGUGUGGCCAGAAAGCUCGAUCGGUACUCGGAGUACGGCGCCGCCGUCCUCUUCCUCCUCAUGUGCACCUUCGCCCUCAUCGCUCACUGGCUGGCCUGCAUCUGGUACGCCAUCGGCAGCGUGGAGAGGAACGGCUCGAUCGGCUGGCUCCACACGCUCGGGGACCAGCUGGGGAAGAGCUUCAACGUUUCCGUCCCAGGUUCAGGUCCUUCAAUUAAAGACAAAUACGUCACUGCACUGUACUUCACCUUCAGCAGUUUGACCAGCGUUGGCUUUGGAAACGUUUCUCCAAACACCAACUCUGAGAAGAUCUUCUCCAUCUGUGUCAUGCUCAUAGGAUCCCUGAUGUACGCCAGCAUCUUUGGCAACGUGUCGGCCAUCAUUCAGAGGCUGUACUCCGGCACCGCCCGCUACCACACCCAGAUGUUGCGAGUCAGGGAGUUCAUCCGCUUCCACCAGAUUCCCAACCCGCUCCGCCAGCGUCUGGAGGAGUACUUCCAACACGCCUGGUCAUACACCAACGGCAUCGACAUGAACGCUGUGCUGAAAGGUUUUCCUGAGUGUCUCCAGGCGGAUAUUUGCCUCCAUCUGAACCGGACUCUGCUGCAGAACUGUAAAGCUUUUAAGGGCUCCACCAAGGGCUGCCUCAGGGCGCUGGCCAUGAAGUUCAAAACCACCCACGCACCUCCUGGUGACACGCUGGUCCACGCUGGAGACGUCCUCACGGCGCUCUACUUCAUCUCCAGAGGAUCCAUAGAGAUACUUCGAGGAGACGUAGUCGUCGCCAUCUUAGGGAAGAAUGACAUCUUUGGCGAGCCAAUUAAUCUGUAUUCCCGACCGGGUAAAUCCAACGCUGAUGUGAGAGCACUGACCUACUGCGACCUCCAUAAGAUAUUCCGAGAGGAUGUUCUGGAGGUUUUGGACAUGUAUCCCGAGUUCGCGGACAACUUCUGGAACAACUUGGAAAUCACCUUUAACCUGCGAGAUACCAACAUGAUCCCUGGAUCUCCCAGCAGUGAUGAAUCAAAAGGUGGCGGCUUCAACAAGCUACGCCGACGAAAAUUAUCAUUCCGACGUCGCACAGAAAAAGAUGAUGCGGAUGCUGGUGAAGUUAAAAAGGCCAACAAGUCAGUUCAUCGCAGACAGAGAGAAGUAGCCAAUAACCAGAAACGUGAGGAAGCACACAAGAGGAAGUGGGAGCCACAUCGAAGUUCCGUGUCGUCUCACUCCAGCGGUGAUGAGGGGGAGGAGUCUGUUGUGACCACUCUCGCUCCUCCGCCUGCAAUGCUGGACAAUCUUCAGGUUCCUCCCAGGAACUUUUCCGAGAACACGGAUAGGGACAGCGACCCCAAGACUGGGAACACCUGCAACGCCUUGUCAGGUGCAUUCUCAGGUGUGUCCAACAUCUUUAGUUUUUGGGGCGAGAGUCGGGGAGGAGGCGGGCAGUACCAGGAGGUUCCGAGUUGCAGCUUGGCUUCUCCGCCAGCGCUCAACACGCCGCUGCACAGGCUGAACAGACAGCAACGCAACCAGCUGGACUCUCGUCUGGAUCAAAUGCAGAAGCAGCUGAACAGACUGGAGAGUCGCAUGUCCACAGACAUUGGAGCGAUCAUGCAGCUGCUGCAAAGACAGAUGGCUCUGGUUCCUCCUGCCUACAGUGCCGUCUCCUCACCGCCGCAGGCCUCACCAUUCCCAGGUCAGGGUCCUGGUCCAGGUCCAGGAGAGACGUUGGUCCAGCCUGUCACACCCGUAGAGACAAAUACUUUGUCUUCUUUGUCACAGAUGUUGACCACAGAUGACUUUCAGGAGUUCCCUGUCAAGCCUCUUGAUUCUGUUCAGUCCCAGGACUUGCCUUUGAUCAGCACCAGCCAGGACCCCCUCACCCCAUCCACACAGGACAGCCUGGGGCCUCAUCUGGAGCUGGACAUUGGUUUGGGAACUGACACAACGCUCAUCUCAAGUCCAUCGCUUGGGGAAGGGCUAGGCUUAGAGAGCGAGGCUGGAUUUGGGUCUCAGCCAGCUUUGAGUUUUGGCCCUCAAGGUAGUAUCGUUCCCAGAGACGUGGCCGGACAAGCGCUACCAGACAGGAGCAUGGAUCCGGAAUCCCAAAGGAGGCUUUCUCUCCAGGAGCCACGUACACUUGUGGAUUCACGGACUCCACAGAGACACAGUUCUGACCCUGGUGGAAGCUAAGAAAGGAGCAUCUUCAAGGCACCCUGAGGAUCAGGGGGGUUAUGAGUUUAAAUAUUUUUCAUUGUAACAUCACCUCUGACCUCAGACGUUCAUCACUCAUGCGGGACAAGGAAACACUCAAGGUCCAUCUCCUCUUCUUCAUCCUUGACCGACACCGCAGACUGAGUCUGGAUCUCUCUUCGGGUGUCGCCACCACAACACCCGACUGCUCUUCUGUAGACGAAUCCCUUUACUGCUAUCUCGGCUUUUGGAUGAGAUCGAGCUAAGACAAUGAAGGACGGAAUAACAAAAGUAGCCAUUUACGUCUUGCACUGAAAAUCCUGUCGACGAAAGUGAUUCUUAUUUAUGUCCUCGGCGCUUCCAAAACUCACAAACUGGUUUGUGGAUUGUAGUGUUAGCUGGCCUAACAGGAGAACUGCUGUCCCGCUCUGUCGUCGGUUCCCUGCCUCUGAUGUCUUGCCCCCACCAGGAGGUGGAGUUGAUGAGCCCUCCUCCCCAAGAGCACACUAGACUGGCUGGUUUGCACCUAAGAACAGUAACCGGCGCGAUAAAAGCCAUUAUUUUUUAUCGAUGAACAUAUCAGCUGCCCUGUUGCCGACACGGAGUUGGACUGAGAGGCUACGUUGCGGACAGGCUAACUGAUGCUCUCACAGGUUCGACCACCAGAAUCACCAAUAUUUCCACCAGAAUCGGAAGUCAAUUUAGCGGGCGGGACCAGCAAGGGAAAUCAGUCUGUUCUAGUCCAUCAUCGUUCGAUUUGCUACCUCAGACCUCCAAUGAAGCAAACACCCCAAAUGCUUUUAACUUGUACAUACAAUUUGUCACGUCACACAUACACAAGUCGUCGACCAGCCGAAUGCGUUAUUAUUCUAUGUACAGUACAAUAUGCAAACCCUGGCGAGACGAAACGCUUUGACUCCUCACAUUUGUGUGCUUCACAUCCAAGUCCAAAGCUUUAUGUUUUCAGUUGAUAUCUGUCGUUCACGUCCUCAGAACAAGGUGUUUGCUUCCAUCAUUUGCACCCAAAUUAAUUUCCACUUCUCUCAGACGGCACAAACAGAAAAACCCUUUACAGUUUAAGAGAGCUGCUCUUCAGAUUUCCCACAACCCAACAUGCAGACGCUCCCAGAUCAUCACUUUAUUAAUGAAAAAGUUUAUAAAUAACCGUGCAAAUGUGUGAUCUAUAGCCAUAUUUGUACAAAUAUGAAGUAGCUUUUCUGGCGAUUGCCAUCUCCUUGCCAGUGACACCCAAACUGUGAAUUAAAAGGGAUAUAAAAUACGACACAUUAUUUACAUUCAGACAAGAUUUAUCCUAACCUUUGUAAAGAGUGUUUACUACGACUGAACCUCACGCCGCAUUACUUGCCUUUUGAGACAUAAAUUAAGGAAAAAAAUGUCAUUAUGACGAAAGUAUUUGCUCCAGACAAAGGCCCAAUAAUCCAGUUUUAAUGAUGCAGGGAAUAAACUCGUCUUGCCCUUGAAAAAUGUAAUACUUUCACUACAUCUCUGAUCGGUUACAGUGCAAUAGUCAGAAAGGAUUUGUAGCAAAUGUGCAACACCUAAUCGCGUUUUUAGCACUUUAUGAUUUGAAACAUUUAAUCGGACUCAGGAAUGUUUUGUUUUUUCUCCGCUAAACUACAAAUCAAGAAAACAAACCAGGCAUCGAGAAAAGUCACUUCCAAACGUAUAUUUAAGUCUAUCUCCCCUUUAAAAUGAAGAAUAAUGAUGAUUGUAUUUUGGCUGCUCGGUGGUCGAAACUGAUUUAUUUAUUGACAUGGGUGUGUAAUAUUUAUCUGAUGUAUUUUUGUGGGUGAUUUCGGGGGGGUGUUGUGUGUGCCUGCAUGUAAAUUAGAUUCUUCCAACGAUGUGUUUUCUCCUACCGUGCCCAAUAUCAACUGCUUCACGAGGAAAACAGGCGAUAUAUUUUAAGGCAUCAGCGUGGUGAGGUCGAAGCAUGACGCCGUGCACACGCAGCUGGUCUAAAAUGCUUUGCAGAGGUGCACUUUAGUAUCAAGCCAAAGCACGUGAAUGCUGUUAUAUAUAAUCACUGCAGACGUGUUAAACUCCAAGAUGACUGGGGACUUAAGUAGAAAAUGGCGGAAUAUUUGACUUGAAGUGGUACAUAAGAGGGAUUCUGGGCUCCUCUGAGUUGACGUCUACAUGCUUAUGAUAAAGCUUCGAGAAACACCGUUCUCAUUGGCAGAGCACAGGAGGUGGCACUGCUGUCUGUUUGAAAAUGGUGGUAGGAGUGCAGAGUGCCCCCUAGUGGUCUCGAAAAAUGUGGACGCCGUUUCAUGAAACCUCAUCAGCCCGCUGGGCGAACUCAGCAAGUUUACAUGAAGAUCUUAAAAAAGUGUGUUUCGGUGGUAGGGUCUGUGUUUAUUUUCAUGUUUGUCGUGGAGUUUUAAUGUUGUCGUCCUUUCAUAGAUCAAUAAAUUAUUUUAAAUCAAAGGCUUCCUCUGACAAAUAACGAUAAUUAUAUCCCACUCUUCUUAAUUUACGAGACGAAACCAUCAUUUCCAUCAUCAUAGACGGUUCCGCUUCAAGGCUUUUAGUAAGAGUCAACUGUUGCUGUUCCUUAUGUAACUGCUAAUUGUGUGCCUUUCACACAGCAGACCAGCUGAUGGACAUGCGAGCGACCCGCUGGAAGUCGACUUAAUGCUUAUAAGUACUGGGCUACUGAGGACGGAAAAUCGAAGAAAAGUGAAAGCAAAAUUAAGCUGCGUAAAUUAACUGCAGCCCAAAGAUGUUGAUGUAAUUUGAAUAUGAUAUGGGGCUUUGAAUGACUACCUGAAGGCUGGUGUUUAUUUUAAAAGGAGUCGGUCUGCAAAAGUUGAAAGUGAGGCUUUGUUAUUCAUACUGACAGCAGGUGUCCCCCUGCAGAGAUUUGUUCCUCACACGUCCCCUUCUAAACAGUCCUGUAUGAAGGCUUCCUAUUCCAAGGUACUAGGAGUAAUUACACUUGUGGCUAAGACUCAGUUGUCAGAGUAAAUGAGGCAUCGUCAAACUGCUCAUCUCUUUAUUAUGAUCAAGCUGUCACUAACCAAUGACAUCAAAUGUAUCCACCCCUCUGGUACAAGAGGUGCAACCUUAACUUUGCUUUCAUUGUUCGUUUUACAAAGCAAUACAAAUUACUUUUAAUAGGUAUUUUGGGAGUCGCUUUACCUGUGUACGAGCAAAAUAAAGCCAAUAUUUACAAAGUGCUGCUACUACUAACCAUCCAAUACAUUUUCCUGUUAUUGUGCGAUUAUUUACAUUAUCUGUGUGGCAGGAGUCUCACUGCAGCUUGAACCCACCCCAAUGUUAUUUAUUCAACACUGGCUCUUCCUCUUUUUUUGUGUUGACUAGCUUCUCCUUUAGUGCACAGCCGAAUGGAAAAAAAAGGCAGAAAUUGCUGUCGCCGGUCGCUCUGCUGAAUCGGGGUUUUUUUUUUUUUUUUUAUCGGCCAUGCAAUGCUGAGACACUGGUUUUCUGAAGCGGCCUCUCCUUGCCAUUUCAUGUACUGUAGCGAGUGUUUAUGUUGUCGUUCAAACAACGUCACCUAGUGGCCUGAACUGUAACUUUACAUUCAGAACUAUGACCUCAAAUCUAGAAUGUGGUUGUUGUUGACUCUUCUUAUUUGACCCUGUUCAUGUCGGUAGACUUUAGUAGACUAUUCAAUGCUAGAGGAUACAUAUAUGUAAUGCAUAAUGCAUAUUAUAACAGUAGAGGGUGCACAUUAUUAGGGGUACGACAGAACCCGCCGGGGUGCGUAGGAAGAGAAUUAGUGAAAAUCCCCUUUCUGUUUUAAAACUUGCUCACCCUUAUAGCUCUUCCAUGUGGCUGAUCUUUUUUUCAGCUCAGCUCACCUUUCUAUCAGUUCUGAGAGACUAUAGGGUGUAUUUGUAGAUAUUUUAAGCACUUGGGGAGGGAGGGAUGGGUUUGGUACCGUUUACACACUGGAUCUGUUCUGUCAAACUCCUUGUCUGUACAUACCGACUUCUUUUACCUGUAAAGGAAAUAAACUUUGGCACUUGUAUAGCCAGCACUAUGCAGAAACUCUAAAAAAAAAUAUUUGGCAUGCUUUGAAAUGCAGAGUACUAUAGAGGAGAAUAUGCUAUUUAAAUAACGUCUGCUCUAAUUUCUUAUUAAAUGAAAUUAUACUCACCUUAGAGAGGAAAAGGAUGAAGCCCAGAAAAGAUGAAUUUUGUGUACACUUUUACUUGCAUGCUGCAUUGAACAUCAAGCAGAGAAUUGGACGUUCAAGAGUUGGCUGAUGUCAACUAGAGGGUGAUAUAAAUGGCUGAUGCAUGUUGGACACUAUUUUAUAAAUCCCGAGAAAUGCUUGAUGACUCAUCAGGUGCACCUUAAAUUACAGGAAAAAAAAUCUCUCUCUCUCUCUCUAUAUAUAUACAUAUAUAUAUGGCUGCGAUCAUUUUCAGGUCGUUGACAUCCCCUUUGCCACCACAAUGGAGGGUGACAUUCAUGCCGUUGUGUUUCCAAGAUUUUCUGAUCUGCAAGAGUUUUCCCUGAAAGCUAUUCCUUGUGUGCGUAGGGGACAAAAAAAAAAAAAAGAGUACAAUAACAACUUUAUUCAUAUCAAAUACAGAGGAACGUGAAGGGAAAUGUCGCAGCUCCAGGUUCUGAUUGUGUGAUAGCAUUAUA